AUGGACGAUACAGAUUAUCCUGACCCUCUACUCCAGCAAGUUCCUCUUAUCCGGAACCCCAAGUUCCAGCCACCCAAAACUGUGACACUCAAUACCAACUACUCCAAGCUUCUAGCGACGUUGCCUACGUCGGUGGUUCCACCCAAAAUGAACCUUUCUAAAGCAGAUCUAGAUGCCUGGAUCACAGAUUUGAACGAGAUUGAGCUGGCUUCUCUCGAUGAAAACAAGUCUGGCGCUGAUAUUCUGAAGUAUACUGAGUGGUUAAAGACCCAGCAAAGAAAGGUGGCACCAGGCUUCAACUUUGAUAUCAUGACCCCAAGUACAAAGGACUAG